AUGUCUGAUUCAAAUUCAACGGCAAAUACACCACGGCAGUCAAUAAUGGAAUUAAAUACCGACAUCGAUCAACCUGCGGAUACCUCAACUGAUCGAUCAACGAAGUUGGAAGACAAUGAAGAUUAUCAGCUGGUUCAAAAAGCUUUAGAUGUUUUAAAGCGGCAACUAGACAUAGCCUCGACAGAUUUGCAAAAAUUACAACGUUUAAAAACAGAAGCUCUUGCCGACCCUUAUCUGUUUAUUGACAGUUUACGCAAGAAAAGAAGAAGAAAACAGCAGUACAGUGUUCCCAAGUUGCAGAAAAUUGUCGCAACACCGAGCAUAAACUGGGAAAAAUAUCGAUAUUUAUCGGAAUCUAGGCUCACUCGACAGCACAAUGAUUUAAAUAACUUGACACGGUUUUAUGUGAACCAAGCAAAACGACCGAUAUUUUGUAAUAUCUUGGACACACCGAUGGCAACAGAAUAUACCCAAAAAUUUCCCUCACCUGCUGCAGCAAAAGUACUCGAGCAAGAGCUAUUGAAAGCCAAGCAAGCAUUGAAUCAGUUACCUUCAAGAGCCAAUUCAGUAUCUGACCUUUCAGAAGAUGAGAACAGUGGAGGGGUUGGCGAAAAUCAUAGCUAUACUACCAGUACUUUAAGCUCAAAAGCGACCCCAAGAUCAACCGGCAGAACAAGUGGAAAGGUAUAUUAUAAUAGUGGUGGGCAUGGUAAAGGUAAAGGAAAACGAAGAACAUCCAUGGUUCAAAAUACAGCUACAGUGCCUGUCGUUGAACAGCAUCACCAGCAACAAAUUCAUGCAACAUCGUCAGAGCCAGAAAGUCCUGCUUCUAUCUCUAGAUUACCGUCUAUAGAACCGCGCACACCUGAUGAGUUCGGUAGCAAAAAUGUUCAUCAUACAAACAACGAACGUCAAAUUGCUACUUUUAAUCAGCCUUGGACAGAUGAGGAACAGCAACGCCUUCAGGAGUUAUUAGAAAUCUUUCCUGAUGAGCCAGUCCAAGCUCAGCGAUUCAAUAAAAUCUCGAAAGCCUUAGGUACCCGUACACCAAGACAAGUAGCGAGUCGAGUGCAAAAGUAUUUCAUCAAGCUCGCCAAAUUGGGUUUACCUGUGCCAGGACGUAUUACCAUUCCUCCAUCAUGCAUGCCCAAAGGAGACAGUAAUAAGUCCAGAUCUAAAGCCAAAGCAAAAGCCAAAUCGAACAGCAAUACCAGCGGCGGUCGUAUAAACAAACCAACAACUGUACCGCCUCAACUGAGAACGUCGGGUGUAGGAUAUAACAGUAAAGUCUCCGGUGGAAUAACGAACAGUAGAAUUUCAGGAGGUUAUUAUACCAUGACGCAAGGUCCUCCAUCUGUGUUAAUGUCAGAUGAUGAAGAGGAUUCUAGUAUCAACGAAAUGAUGAAGUCGGUCAAUAAUACCAAUAACCUUUCUGGGGCGACAGACCUGGUUGUUCAUGAAGGCUAUGCGUGUGAUGCAUGUGGAACAGAGCCUAUUGUAGGUAUCCGGUAUAAAUGCACAGUAUGCGACAUAAGCGAAGAAGUCGAUCUUUGCAGCGAUUGUAUGGAGAAGGGUACCUUCACUAAUGACUAUCAUACAAAGGAUCAUACCUUCGAAGCAGUUCGUACUGCAAUAUCAUUUCCACAAUAUGCGGACAGUGACUAUACCUCUCCUGAACAUUUGGGUGAAUACAGCUAUUUGGGAUUCUAA